GAAGAAAAGCACAAAAUUAAUGACAGAGGCUACACACAAUGUCUUCUCUCUGUGGCAAGUUUUAAAUCAAGAAGCCGCUUUGAAGUAUUUGUCUCACAGUAUUGUUUGGACACCUGUCAUGUAUUCAAAUGACAGGCUUGAAAAUCAAUACUUGACUAAUGUGGGCCCAAACGGUUUAGUAGUUUCACUCUAGUGGUUCAUUGUUUGUAGGUGAGAGGUGUCUGCAUGACACAGAUAGGUUCUCUGUGGUCUGGAGCACAAUUAAAUGUGACACAGCCAUUGCUGCUUUCUGUUUAUAAUUGCACAAGUGUAUCACUUGUUAUACACCUGUGUUAUAAAGUAGUCUAUAUUAACUUAAGCGCUCAACACAGGCUGCUGUUACUACAUGGAGCAGGGCCUCAGGCAAUUUUGUUAUUGUAACUAAAAAAGACAACCAGUCGUUGGAAAAGAGGAAAGCUGUGUCACUGUCAGUGUGAAUAUGGUUCAGCCAAUGAAUGAAACUGGAAUGAAAUGUAACAUUUAAUGGAGUAUAUCCACUAUAACACACUGAAAACCCAAAAGGCAAAAGCAUGGGCCCACAGAGGACACCAGCAAAUGUGAAGACAGCGAACCAUAGGUUAUGGGUUAUGCAUGUAACCCCAAUUCUCUGAUGACGCAAAUUCAGGCUCAUGACUAUAUGUGUUCCGAGUAGACACUUCAGGCACUUCAGAUCUUUAGAUAUGAAUCCAUCACAAGUCUGAUUGGUCACCAAAUAUGCAGUGGUUCCUAAAGAACCAUUUCCAGCUAUAAGAAGAACAAACCAAAGAAUACAAUCUGGACUAUUCAUUGUAUUUUGCACCAGGAACCAUGAAGUGUCAAGUUGACGAGUUUGAAUCCAAUAUCUUAAACUGUUCUCUGAACUGUUUCAUACAAUCCAGAGAUCUAAGUCAUCAUCAUUUCUACAUCCACUGACAAAGACACGACCUAUGUCCAUAUAGAGGUAAGGUAAGGUUAGGUAAGGUAAGCCAUAGAGCAAAGCUUCUUUGAGUUAAAAGAUGACAGUCGAUUUCUUUGAAAUGACAGCGGAAUGACUAAGUGCAGGGGGAAGAGAGGCAUAUUGUUCAAAUGACAUUUCUUAAGACAGCUCAGACUGUUCACCAUCUGAUUUUUAAAUGGAUGUAUGUACAUAGAUGUAUGGAAAUAUGUAAAUUUCUUUAUGUAUAGGUAAUUGUGUAAUGACUUUACCUGUCUCGCCCACUUGACAUUAAAUCAGAUUGUAUGGCCAAUGAACUACAAUGUUUGACACCCCCUACUUAAAGCCACAGAAAACCUGCCAAACACCUUGUAACAUUGUUUGCAAGUGUACCUUUUAUCCCCUUAACAUCCGCCCACUUUUUUACUGAACAAAACUAAAAGCUUGAAAGCACUUUGUUUGUUAUUCUCUUAUGAUGAAAAUACAGCCCAGCACAUAGUGAUUCAACAAGUAUGUGGCCUCGGAGAUGACAGAAAACGUAAGAAACAACCAUUUUGCUGUGUACCUACUGUUAUUACAAAGUAAAAACUGCUACGGCUGCUUCUUCUCUGGUAUUUGUAUCUUAAAAUGGUUUAUACCCUUCAUAUCUUUGCUUUGAAUCGAUGACUCAAUGAACGGGCCUGUGCCAUUUCAAAUACACUGGCAGAAUUUUCCUUGAGUGCCGUAGUUAAGAAUGAAAAGACAGAAGCUCACACUCAGAUAUCGAUUUGAUUUCAGUUUUUGUGUGCACUGCACUUUUGCCAACUACUGUGUGAAAACUGAUAAAGAUGCAUUUAAGAGGAUCAUCUAUUUACUUGUAGUGCAUUAAAGCACCCGUUCAUUAAGUGUAUGUGUUACUGUAGCUAGCCUAUGUGACUUAAAAGCAACACAAGCUAAUUUGUGUAGUGCAUUUCUUACACAAGGGCAACCCAAGGUGCUCUCACUAAAACAUUAAAUGAAAGAAAAGAAUUACAACAUUAAAAUGAAAAUGAAAAGAAUAGAGAAGAAAUUAGAAGAAAAAACAUUAGACCCGAGGAUUGAAAACACAAAGGAGUGCCAGAUGGUUGAUGUUGAGCACUGAAGGGUGAGUCAAAGGAAGUGCUGAACAUAAAUGUUUUAGUGUUGAUUUCAAACAAGGCUGAGUUUCGAAAGUGGAAAAGACUAAAGAGGUUAAAUGUUGCACAAUAGUAAUCCAUUAAAUGAACCAAUUUAAAGCUGCCACUUCAAAUGUAUCAGUUUUCUGGGAGAACCUUUUUGUCCCAGCCUUGACAGAAGUAAGCAAACCUCAACUCUGCAAUGUUCCUCAAAUGACAUUUUAUUGCGGUGACCAAAGGCAGCUCAAUCAUUAUUGACUCAGCACUGUGAUCAUGAAUAUAAAGCACAUCAAAAUCAAAAGCCCCAGGAAAGAAACUCGCUUAUUGCUUACAUAAUCCAAUUGGCUUCUCUUUUCUGUCGAGCUGCUCUUUUCCUUAUGCUGGUGACAUCACCUUUGAGCUUCAGCUCUCCACUUUUUGAGUGAACUGAUACUGUUAUUGAUCCGACUGCCGCAGACAGCAGGAAUAUUAUAAAAGUCUUAAGCUGAGUCAUUCACCCUUUAUGUGUAUGAAUGGGUAUUGGCAGGCAUGGUAAAAUGCUGGUGACGUCAGAAGUAGAAAGUGCCAAUGAUAUGCAUGCCAUGUCUGGGUCUCUUCUCAGCUCCCAAAUUGUUUCGUGUGAAAACACAGUAAGAGCAGAUCGCAUUUAUUAAUUAGCUUAGCCAUGCACACUUAAGCAAUAAAAAGAACAAAGUAUAUAUGUAAAUACACUCCUUAUAGGACUUGCAUCAUUUCUACAGAACAAGGCAAGAGAGAAAGUCCCAAAAGCUCAAGUCUGGCUAUGUUAGAGAGCCAUCUGGAGCAUUAACGCUAACCCUGCUGUGCUGCUCCUAUCACACUGUUUCUUACACAGCUCUUCACACUGACUUGAAACGUAUGAACGGUGCAAUCAGACCUACACAAAGCUACAUGACAUCAAGGUCCACAGCAAUAACACAGUGUCUUUUUGAUUUUUGUUCCAUUAAAGUCAAUACUUUUGAAAGCUUUCCCUACCAGAGUUCGGUGGAAAAAAAGAAGAAAAAUUCAGGUCAGUGCUGUUUCAUCUAUAAUACAAAUGAGAAGGCACAAUCCCACAGGAGUUGUGAUGUGCAACAAGAAUCAGCUUUCACUUCACCAGGACCAGGAGAUAAUAGAAGAAGCAAGUCUUUCUUCAUCACUGUGACCCCACUCUUUUGCUCCACUACCUCAGCCAUCUGUAGCUCUCCAGCUGCUUACCAGAAUUGCAGGGCACUGAGUGGGAUCUACAGAUGGUUCACAACAGUGGUCUGCCUAAAUAUAUUAUCAUGUACACCACUGACCAGCUUCACCUUGAAAUCAUUACCGUUCUCUGAUAAGAGUAUGGGGCAGCCAGGGAGUGCAGGUAAUUUCACCCUGACUCAUGAUACCCGGGUGAGCCCGGUGUAGGAUGAUGCAUUAUGCAUAACUUUCGUCUGUGCAUUCAAACCCAAAUACAUGCAUAGUACUCUGCACACAUGCAUGCACACAAUGUGCUCUUCCAAAAGGUUCUUGAUCAGCAAGCUCUUGUGCCAAAACCGUAUGCUUUUACUUUCCAUCUAAAAAGGCAGAGAACUUUUAUUCUAAAGUCCUUCGAGAAUACUGCUGUUCCUUCAGCAGAACUAUUUUCAAAUUUCUGGCUUCACUUAUUAGUGUUGUGUGCAAAAAAAUCACCAAAAACAUAUUUUGGCAGUAGACACACACACAAAGAAAAAAAAUCAAUUUGAGCAGUGAUCAAGUCCCACAAAAAGAUAACACACAUAACCUAACUUGACCUAACCAAAACUACUGAUCAUACAAACUGAAGCCAAAGUGAGAAACAAACUGUUUUCUAAAGCAAAGGACAUAAAAUUAAGUUUUCAAAUCAAGACGAAUGCUAGAAACUAUUACUUUUUAAGAAAAACUGUUAUUAUUUUUACACAUUUAGCUGAGAUAAAGGGGUAUUGGGAGCAUCAGGUACAGUCAGGUAUUAGAUGUAGAAAGCUCACUCUUCUUUUAGCUCUUUUUUGUGUCUCUUCCAGCCCUGAAGGAAACAGCUGGCUGCUAAAUGCCCCACUACAAUCAACAGGUCUAUAAAAAAUAAAAGUAUCAACAUGGUAUGAAAAACAAUGAAGAACCAACAGUUUACAAGGUUUUCAGGUGGACUGCUUAAUAGAGCCAGAGCCAUGAUUUGCUUGUUAAGGUGGACUGCUCUCAUUUGGACUUUAAAUUCCAUUCCUUGCGCUUUGGGGAUGGCAGUGAGCGAACAAUCAGAUGGCUCAUGUCCCCCUCUGAGUGUAGAGGAACACAGGUUUUCUGAUGUUUUAGAUCGUCCCCUGGAAAUCACAGGAUUUGAUCUCACAGAAAUGUUUCUUCUCCGAAAGGGAACAAUCGCAGAAGACCUGCCAUCAUUUCGAUUAGGAAGCAGUCCACUUAUUAAGCCAACAAAAUUGAUAUUUCCAAAUGGGCUUCCAAGUGAGUACUCCCUUGUCUCCAUCUGGCGGGUAAGAAGAACUACGAAAAAAGACCGGUGGUAUCUUUGGCAGAUAUUUGAUCAGUCAGGAGGCAGUCAGGUAACUGUUGUGGUUGACGGCGACAAGAAGGUGGUGGAGUUUUCUUUCCAGAGCCUGCUGAGGAACACUCUCCGCUACACUUUUAAAAGCCGUGACCUCCAUGCCCUGUUUGAUCGCCAGUGGCACAAGCUGAGCAUUUCUGUACAGACCAACGCCGUCUCCAUUUACAUGGACUGCAAGCUAGUAGAAAGAAGAGCGACUGAUGAGAGGGCCAGCAUUGACCUCAGUGGGCGCACACUGAUCACAACACGAAUAGAGGAUGGACGGCCUGUAGAUAUUGAACUGAAACAAUUUCUAAUCUACUGUGACCCUUACAUAGCUGAGCUGGAAAACUGCUGUGAGCUCCAGGAGCCAAAGUGUGGAGCCGAGAGGACAUUUAAUGGGACUGCCCCUCCCCUGGUUACAGCUCAGAUCCCCUUGAUGCUGUCUCAGCCAGCCCCACAGUCCAUUGACAGAUGUCACUGUCCAGCUGAAAAGGGAGAUGCUGGUCUUCCAGGCGUAGCUGGACUGCCAGGACAAAAAGGAGAUAAAGGGGAAAAGGGGAGCACAGGGGAGGCUGGGCCCGCAGGAAACGCAGGACCCAAGGGGGAACUUGGAUCAGAAGGGCAAAAGGGAAUCGAUGGAGAGAAAGGUUUGAAAGGUGACUCAGGGCCAGUUGGUCCCAAAGGAACCCAAGGUGAUACGGGUCUGCCUGGAACUCCAGGGCUGCCUGCUGAGAAAGAAUGUCUGAAAGGAGAUCAGGGUCUCCAAGGUGAAAAAGGAGAGAAGGGAUCGGCUGGAGUGCCUGGUCGUCCAGGGGAAGCGGGGAAAGAGGGCAAAAGGGGGCGGAGAGGAAAACCUGGACCCAAAGGCUCGCCUGGUCCCGCAGGAGCCGCCGAAGGAGCAAGUGCCAAGGGGGAGAAGGGGGAGCCUGGAGUCCUGGGGGAAAAGGGGGAGAAAGGAGAAAGAGGAGAUCCUGGUCAGCCAGGUGCCGAGGGAUCCGGCGGCAUGAAAGGACAAAAAGGUGAUGUCGGCCCUCCUGGUCCUCCCGGUCCUGUGAUGACAGCACAUGGAUUAAGACAGCUUUCUGGAACUGACGAAAUGAAGGAAAGAGCCCUAAAGGGAGAAAAGGGAGAUGAGGGGGAGAGAGGCGCUCAAGGACCGCAAGGCUUCAAGGGAAACAUGGGGCCGCCAGGACUACAGGGAGAUCAAGGACCAGAGGGGAAGCAAGGCCCUCCUGGAUCCACUGGAGCCCCAGGACUCCCGGGCAAGCCAGGCUCACCAGGGGAGCCAGGGGUACCUGGGAACGAUGGACUGAAAGGAGAAAAGGGGGACUCUGGUGGAAUGAUCGGGCCACCAGGACCUCCAGGUCCUAAGGGUGAGCCUGGCGAACCUGGGGGUGGAUAUAAGGGGGACGGGUUGCCUUUAACUAGAGGGUCUCGUGGACCUAAGGGUGAAAGAGGCAUCCCGGGAUUGCCCGGAGACCACGGUGAAAAGGGCGAACCUGGGGAGAGCAUUACAGGGUCACCUGGCCCCAUGGGACCCCCCGGGGAGCCAGGAAUUGAGGGCUCUCGUGGACCCCCGGGUCCAUUCGGCCCCCCUGGAGCUCCAGGAAGAGAGGGCUCCCCUGGUAGGCCAGGUCCACCGGGGCCUGCCGGACCUCCAGGUGAACCAACUGCCCUGCCGAUUUUUGGAGACAUGGGUGCUUUGCUUAAGAAUGCCUGCAGUGUGUGCCAGACGAGAGUCCCAGGGCUCCCUGGACAGAAGGGAGAAAAGGGCUCCCCCGGAGUGCAAGGAGUAGAGGGCUUGGUGGGAGAAAAGGGAGAUCCUGGGGUCAGAGGUCCCAUGGGUAACCCGGGAAAAGAAGGCCCAAAGGGACUAAAAGGAGAGAGAGGGUUCCCAGGCCCUAUGGGCGAUAAAGGUGAUGAGGGGCCUUCAGGAGCACCAGGGCUACCAGGUGUGCCUGGUCGAACAGGGGCCCCGGGACUCAUGGGUAGACCAGGUCCAAUGGGCCAGUAUGGACCCAAAGGAGAUAAAGGAAAUGAAGGACCUCCAGGGCCUCCAGGGCCUCCGGGCAACGGAAUGAGCAGCCUGUACAAGCCACAGAGCGGUGGAGCUAUUUUAGGACCCCCUGGAGCUCCCGGUGCUCCGGGUCCCAAAGGAGAUGAAGGACCUGCAGGGGAACCAGGGCCCAUGGGAUUACCUGGGCUUGAAGGGCUGCCGGGUGCUAAGGGGGAUAUGGGUUUGUCUGGUCCACCAGGGAUGCCAGGUCCUCCAGGAAAGCCCGGCGCUCGUGGAGAGCCAGGGAUCCCAGGAGAGCCGGGUGAGAGGGGUCCGCUGGGAGAGACAGGAUUCCCUGGGCCCGAGGGACCCCAAGGUCUUCCUGGGAGACCUGGAAAAGAUGGAACUCCGGGAUACCAGGGAGCUACAGGUAGACAAGGCGAAAGAGGAUCCAAAGGAGAGCGUGGUGAUCCAGGAAUUCCUGGAGAAAGAGGCGUUCAGGGCGAGAGGGGUCGCCCAGGAGAGCCCGGCCAAAUUGGACCCAUCGGACCCCAGGGGCAAAAAGGUGAUCCCGGCCCUCCAGGACUCCUGGGGAGUGAAAGCCUCCUGGAUGACUCCAGCUUCACAGAGGAACUCCGGAUGUUUAUCCGAAAUGAAGUAUCGAGGAUUUUUGAAGAGAAGCUUUCUAGCAACGGCGGGCUACAGAAGACACCUGCAGGCAUCUUAGCGUCGCAGAUCCAAGGACCUCCUGGACCUCCUGGAAAGGAUGGAUUACCGGGCUCACCAGGAGAGCGUGGACCUCCUGGAAUCAGGGGUCAGAAAGGAGAGCGAGGCCAGCUUGGACUGGGGUUACCAGGAGAUCCAGGACCCAUGGGGCCAGCAGGCCCACCUGGGAUCUCUUCUCGGGGCCCUCCUGGCUCUCCAGGGCCCCGUGGACCCCCCGGUACUUGCGACCCCAGCAACUGUCUUCUUCCAUCUUUGUGAGCCCAGCAGAGGGGUUUGAGCUAUUACGAAGACAGCCAUCCGGCUCUGAGCUCAGUGCUGCAGCCACACAGCAGGGGAAGUCGGAGAGACUCACCGCUGACCUCUUUUUUUUUUUUUUCACUUUACUAAAACACUCAGAUGCUGUCUGGGUUUUGUUUUUCUGGGAUUGCUGUUGGGUUUGUUUUGAAUACAGCUGAAAUCUCUUUGCAAUGCAGUACUUUUAAGUUAUUUUCCUUUUUUAAAAUUUCACAUCCUCUACUGUGACGUGAUGCAUUCCUUGUCAACUCUCAUGUCUUUCAAGACCAUGAAAUGACUCCUGUCUGAAAAAAACACCAUCUUAAUUAUGCGUUUGCCUCUUUAAUGGGCAUGUCUAUGCACUCUUCUGUUCGCACUCAGAUAAGCUGUUGGGCCGACAGAAGGUACAUCUCAUGUUUCUGUGUUCUCGUGUGUGUUUGCACGAGUUUCUGUGUGUUUGAGGAACAGAUUAGCUGAGCGAAUGUACUUAUUGUACGUGUAGGUGUGAGAAAAUAGCAGAUUUAUGAAGCGCCUUAUGUAACCAAAGUGCAGCCGACGUGUCUGAUAUAGAAAUUAUUUAUUUUAAGCCGCAUUCUGCCAGAAUGUAUUUUCAAAAUGGUAAUAAUGAAUGUAUGAAAUGUAGCAUGAAUAUUGAGUAACGUUAUUACUAGAAAGUGGAUUUUCGGAUUACGCGUAAUCCCGAUGGAGUCUCUGGUGACACGUUUGCGUCGUGUACAAUGAUCACUUUUAAAAGAAGCUGCCGUAUAAUUGUCGGUUAACGCGUCUUCCAGUUUUCUGCAAGUCACGAGUUGUUAACUGAGCGCUCGUCGGCGAGGAUUGCCAAAGCUUUUGUAAGACAAAACCAACAAACAGCUCACUGACACUGUUUGUCUGGAGCUUCUUUUUUUAGCCUUUUACAUCAUUUUUUUUCCAAAUGAAAUGAAUGUAAUUUAAAUGGCGUUUGUGUUCAGUGAGUGUAGCGUGACCCUUCAUUUACCUUUACUGUGGAGUUAAUCUGUAAAUAUUGUGUAUUUUCAUUGUUUUUCAUUUUUCCUGUCUAAUGGGGUGCGUUAAGGGACCUGAAAACAUCAUUUUCAUGCAUUUUUUGUCAUUGUAACAACACAUUAAGGUUCUCACCUGUCACACAGUGCUGCAAAUUAUUAACACAUAUUGUUUACAAGGUGUCAUGUAUGACGAUUCCUCUGGUUUUUAUGUAUAUUUUUGAUUUUCAGAAACACAAAGGAGAUCAGAAUACUACACUACAGCUAACAGACGCAUCAAACUUUUCAUGUACUUGAACUUUCUUGUAAUCGCACCGUGGUGUUUUUAACAGUUGGGUUUCAGGGAGCUUUGAGACUGGAGUUUCGAUUUAUUUAUGUGCUAUGAAUUUUCUGAAACCUUUGAAACCUGUGCAUUUUAUCUAAACAGGCCAUGUAACCGUAGUGUAGAUCUUGUGCAGAAACACACAUUUUAAGAACUUAAGUACGCUAAGGAUGAUAAAAAAAAUUAUAACAAAAUCCAGCAUUUACACAUUGGAUUUUAGUUUAUUCACUUCUUUAAAAAGUUUUUGUUCUUUCAAACUUUAUAAUCUUACUAAACAAUAACUUUUUUGUGUAGAAGAAAAAGAUAAUUAGCCUGUAGUGUAUAUUGGUUUCCUCAGGUUUUCAUUUUGAGCUCUGUUUAAUUAGAGCUUGAUGCAAAGGCUUUAAUUUUACUUUUAAAGAGUCCUGCUGUGAUUCAUGUUUGAAACGUUCUGUGUGUGUAUCUGAAAUUUUGUGACAUUAAGAGCUCACUUCUUUCUGUCUCUCCUUUAAGAUCUGCUGUUUGACACUUUUUUCCCUUUGUACUUCACAGUCAUUAUUCUUCUCUUAUACAUGUAAAUUUUAACUCACAUCUUACAGAGUAUCUGGAGAGCUUUUUUUCCCCCUUUUUUUACAUUUUUCUCAGCAUGCCAGCUUGGUUUUAUCUCUGCUACAUUUUAUCAGACUGAGUGGGUUUAAUUUUAGAGGAGUACUGAAUCAAACGCUUGCCACAAACUUCAUUUGUGAGUUGAAAGAGCCCCCUGCUGGACAUGUAUUUCAUUGCUUUUGUAAUGUGAAUGGGAAACUAUUAUUCUUUGCUUUUGUAGGCCACAUAAAAUCCCCUCCUUCUAGGGGCUCCUGUCCUUUCAUCAAAGUAAUUUUCAUAUUCGGUUUUAAUGGGUUCCCGUCAGAGACAAUAACACUGACCUUGAUGAGAUUCAAAUGAGACAGCAUCAGCAAACUAAUGUGACCUAAACUUUUUCAGCGUGCUGAUGAGAGCACCUCCCUCCAUAUAUUGAAUUUAGCUUCAAUUGAUAUUAAUGUGCACCAGUUUGUGACUUCAGUUUAGCUAAACAGCAUAAUAAGUAGGGAGGACACAAAUUGGCUGCUGAUGACACAGCUCACUUCACUAGAAAUUUGAAACCAUUCAUAUUACUCCAAUUGUUCUAAGUGGAAAAUGUCAGAUGAAAGCAAACUCGUGGACGGAGUCAUUGAAGGUUGAAGCGUCCUAAAACAAUAACAUCGCUUUCAUACGUGCACGUGUUUCUUUCUUUUUUCCUUUUUUUUUUGCAUAUUCUCUCCAGUAAUGUAAGUCGAUCCGGUUGCCACAUGUGAUCUAAUCUUGUAAGCAAGCCUGUAAUGAGAUGUAAUAUGUAGCAGACUCUCAGCGUGGUCCCUAGGAUUAAAAAUGUCUGCCUGCUGAUCUCAGUGAAACUGAUCUCUGCUCUUUUAUAAGCUCAUGUUGUGCCGUGUGACUUCAAUGUUUGUUCUUUGUUUGAACACCUACCUCAGUCUUGGUUUACCACAACUACAUGAUUAGAUUUUUUUUGUUGUUGUUGUUGCCUUUUAACUGAAAAAGCAAAUGAAAGCCUCGUGUCUAUGUAAAAACACACAUAUUGCAGUCCUGUUAUCAGCUGACGUGCUGACGUGCUGACAGAGAACAGGCGCAGUGAUGUUCCUGUUGUUGGGGGAGUGUAUGAGGGGGUCAGGGGGUGGGUGGUUGCCAGGCAUCAGAGGUUAUACUUUACAGCCUUCUUUGCAGCUUCUUUUAUUUACACUGAUUAAUGGCAUCUGCCUUACACGUGUGCAAUAAAUGUUAUUCAGUGCGUGACUUCCGGUGUUACCUUGUAUAUUCUGCACUUACACUUCUUUUCAAUAAAACUUUAUUCACAAAACUGA